AUGACCCAUCACUGCGCGCUGUGGUUUGUGUCAGAACUGCCGCAAAGAAUUUUUAUCCCUGGCAUUGCGUCGCCUGACUUUCCAUCAAGCUUGUUGGCUAAUGUUCGCGGUCACUGCCAGAUACAGUCCUACAUACCCGAAACGAACGAAACACCUGAAGGAACAACAAAAGCAGGCCUUGAAUUGAUUCACAGGAUCAAAGACGCCAAAGAUAAACAUCAAAAUCUAGUUGCGCCGGAGUUUCUACAUCUUCCCGAUCGAAAUGAGUAUCCAGACUAUUUUCAAGCCAUCAAACUCCCGCUUGCACUAGACACAAUUGAGCAAAAACUUCAAAAUCAUGAAUAUCCCUGCCUCACUCUUCUUGAGGCUGACCUUCGCCGAAUGGUUACCAACGCAAAGGCUUACAAUACAAAAGGAUCGUCUCUGUUUUCAAAUGCAGAAAGAAUACGCAAAAUUGUAUCAGCUGUGAUGAUCAAGAUAAAUCCUGCGUACAAGGAUGAAAAUUAUACGCCCUUUGCCGCCCCCUUGCCAGAUGACGACGAAGAUGAGGAAGAAGUCCAGUCUCCUCAGUCAUCACGCAGACAAUCCCAGCCUCGGAAUGAUAACAGUGAUGCUGGUCCUCGUACCAACGGCCGGCGCCAUAGUCAUCGAACACCAACAACGGACCGUGAGAUUGAUUUCGCCGACAGCGGCAGUGCGGACUUCAAAGGGGAUUCUUUCAAAAAAGCGCAAGAAAGGAUUAUAUCCGAAAUGAUUCGCCUCAAGGAUGAAGAGUAUGUUGAUCGGUACCUCCACCUGGCAGAGUACUCACUAUUCUUCUUUAGUGGCGUAGAGGUGUUCCAACCUUUCUUAAGCAAGCCCGACCGCGGACUAUACAAAGAAUAUUACGAUAUUAUCAAGCAUCCAACGUCUCUAUGGACUGUGCUUAGGCGUAUUCGUGGAGCGGAGGGGAGAAAGGAUUCGACUACGAUGUCGCCAUACCGCACUUGGGAUGCCUUUGCUGAGGAAGUUAGCUAUAUCUGGCGGAAUACGAGAGAAUUCAAUGUGGAAGGAAGUGCAAUAGUUGAAUUAGCUGGGGAACUAGAGAGCCAUUUUAAGGAGCGACUUGAAGAGGCCCGGAGGGUGGUGCCCGAGCCAGCCCCUCCUAGCAUCAAACUCAGAGUCGGAAAUGCGAAGACCUCAGAUGCAAAUUCACAAAAACUCAUGUUAAAAUUUCCUGGUAGGUCAGGAGAUAGUGCAAGUGAAAAACAAAAGGCUGGCUUCACUGUUGAUGGCGAAUCGCUCAAGAGACAGCAGGAGCUCGUCAGGGCUGGCUCUGGUAGUAGGGAAACGCCAAUCCAACCAAAUACUUCUACUAGAACAUUGCGUGAGAGAGCUCCACCCCUCUCUAAAACACAGACUCCGUCUCAAGGUACCCCAAUGGCAGCAUCCCCUCCAAGAGCUAAGAUCGAAGGUCCACCUAGCCAGCCUCCUAGAGGUAUGGCUCCAAACGUAAAUAUAUAUAACAGACAACCAAAUGGAACUGCACCAGCUCCCGCUGCUUUGAACACUUUGGCGAACGGUUCCCCGAAUUCCAUCACUCCAGGCCAAACUACUCCCAUAACCACCCCCCGAAAAAUUCUCCCUCCGCGACAAGCUGCUGCCCGAUUGCCAAUAGCUGCCAACGCUUUUCCUCCAAAGAAAUAUGUGGUGCCCCGCUCCAGAUUAAUCACCCAUGUCAAUGUACACUCGGAGGAAAGAUUGGGCUUUAACAUAGAAAUUCCUUCAGCUUCAAUCAGCCCACGACAAUCAGUCACUCUCAGUGUUCCAUUUUCUCACAAUCACCUAUUUAUUAAGCCUACCGUGGUGUCAAGCAGUCUUGAACGACAAACUCAGCUGACAGUUACCGUCGGAAAUCAAAAAAUACAUGCCACUGGUUCUCCAAUACGGUCUGCAGAUUUCACAGUUCCCAAGUAUGAACUCAGGCUAGGACCAGGAAUUACAAAGAUUGACAUCGAAAUGUACGCGGCGCCUGGCAGAGGACUUGCAAAUUUAGCAUUGCCCAACGGCCCCAAUGUUGAAUACGAGGCAUUCACCCUUUUCCUUCAUGUCAUGCAUGCCUAA